AUGACCAUUGGAGAAUCUGACGAGGAAUUUGAGGAAUCCUGCCAAGAAGUCGAAGCCGUGAUUCAAUUUUUUUUGAAACCGCAGGUUGUUUUCUUGGAGUUAUGCUCAGGUCGUGUGGCUGUGCUUACACCUCAUAAUUUAAAGGUACCAACUAUGAGGGAAAUGAUGGAUAUGUGGAAGAAAAAUCAAAAUCCAUUUGGGAUACUCUAUAGCUGGUUUCUUGCUAAGGUUGCUAACAAGCUUGAGGUUGUGCCUGGGGCUGAGUUCCGUGUGGCCUAUGAAGAAGCAAUGAAGUACGGCGGAAAGGUGAUACUUGGUGACCGUCCCGUACAAAUAACAUUGCGAAGAACAUGGGCAAAAAUGCCGCUUUGGCACAAAACAAAAUUCUUGUUCUCCUUAUUUUUCCAAGCAUUAUUCUUACCAAAUCCGGAAGAUCUCAACAAGAUGCUGAAGGAAAUGGAUGAUGUCGACAUGCUGACUCUUGUAAUUCAGGAAAUGAGCAAGCACUUCCCCACUCUUUGGACUACCCUAGUUCAUGAGCGAGAUCUGUACAUGUCAUCGACAUUACUAAGAGUUGCUGGUGAACACAACUCUGUUGUAGCAGUCGUAGGGAAGGGUCACCUGCCAGGAAUCAAGCAGAACUGGAAACAACCCAUUGAGGUUCAGUUACUACUCACAAUUCCUUCACAGAAACCUGCCAUCUCUGUCACAAGAAUCUUGUCAAUAUUCGGAGUUGCAGUCGCAGGAGUGGCCAUAAUAUCUGGCAUUUAUACUUCAAGCAAGAAAUAAAAUCAGUGGUUUCAGAUUGAAGUGUCUCUAAUUUCAUGUAUUUUAAGGAGGUCAUACAAGUUUGAUACGCAUAGGUGCUGAGGUCAUAGAUUCAACUCUAAUCUGUCCUGCUGCUGGAAAUGGAAAAUUAUUGUUUUUGAAAAAUUUCCUGGGGCUUGGUAAGUCAAAUUUGACUUUGAGAAAGAUUCUUCAAAUUCUUGAACAGCAACAGGAAUAUUGAUGCUAAAAUUUGCCCGCUUUUCAUCUCUCUCAAACUUGACUCGA